GGGAAGCAGCCCGCGCGGCAGACGAUAUGCGCGCGCGACUGGGCGCGCUGGGCUCUCUGCGCGCCCCCGCCUAACCUCGCGUAUUAUGUAUAUCGUGUAAUUUUAUUUUAUUUUAUAUUUCCCUCCCUCCCUCUCUCCCUCCCUUCCUUCCUUCCUCCCUUUUGCAUUCUUGCAGUAGUACGCCCAGUUGCUUCCUGGUAAGAGCUCGCUGGAUGGGGGAGGGGCGGCGCAGGCAGCAGCGGAAACUCGGCGCUUCAGAUAAGAGCGUGCCCUGCACAGCCGUCGGCGACAGUCUUUUUUGCACUGCAGCUGCCGGAGGUUUUAGGGCGACGAGAAUGCCGCUGUGACAAGGCGAGUGGCGCGUCCCAUCUUUUCCCCCCUCCCCUUUUCUCUCCCUUCCCCCACCUUUUCCCCCCCAGUGCUUGUUUUGGUUCUAUUUGUUUAUGCUUUUUCCCCCUCCCUUAUAAAACAAAACAAAACAAAAACAAGGUUUGGGAGGGUCACCCUUUCCCGAAUUACCCCCCUCCCAAAAUGCCUUGGUCGACCCGUCCGAGAUCUGAUGGUUGCCUCUGAAAAAAUGUUGAGAGGUUGGUACUAAGAAGUGCCUUUCCUGACAUCUCUGCUGCUUGGAAUCGCUUCUAGAGCAGCCUCUGCUUUUGCCUUGCUUGCUGCCAGCUAGACUGCGACGACACCACAUCUACCCUCACCUCUUGCCCAGCCACCCCUCCCCUCUAAGCAUCAGGCAUUGCCCUAGGCUGCUUUAGUUAAUCUUACAGAAAUAAAAGUUUGCUGGAAAAGUGAGCAGUCUUCUGCCAGGAAAAGAAAAGGGGGAAAAAAAUCAGAGAGGGGAGGAAAAAAAAGAGAGAUCCAAACCGGUUUCUUGAUUUGUUGCUCUAAACUGCUGCAUCUGUCUGUGCCAAACUAAUCAUUACCAAUUGCACCACACCAAAAAUUAAGAACGAAUAAUUAUUGCAGAUUCAGCUGUGUGUGGAGACAACUUUUCCUGAGAGCAGCUUGAAAAAUUCUGUGUCCAAGGGUCUGCCACCUUUUUUUGCUGCUUGCGUUUGGGGCUCCAAAUCAGCAUUCAGAAUGGGUUAUUGAGAGCACAAGGCUAGUUCGAAGGCACACUUUUAAAUGUUCCUCUUACUUUUGAUCCUAGCAUUUCUCUAAGUUUAACCUCCCCCUCCCCCUUUUGAUUGACAGUUUCAUGCUGUGACUUUCUAGAGGGAAUAUAUCUUCCUUGCUGUCGCAACAACACAAUUUUACAUCUUUUACCAUUGGGCUCGGGAACUGGGGAAAUACUUUGGAGGUGACAUUUUUCAUCAUUUCCAGUCUUAUCAGUUUGGCCUUUUUUAAUUUGUUCAUUUCAUUGACAAUUUUAACUACCUGUAAAAUCUAAACAUGGCUGUAAGUGUCACACCAAUCCGGGACACAAAAUGGCUAACACUGGAAGUAUGUCGAGAGUUCCAAAGAGGGACUUGCUCACGACCAGAUACGGAAUGUAAAUUUGCACAUCCAUCGAAAAGCUGCCAAGUUGAAAAUGGACGCGUAAUCGCCUGCUUUGAUUCAUUGAAAGGACGAUGUUCAAGGGAGAACUGCAAAUAUCUUCACCCACCACCACACUUAAAAACACAGUUGGAGAUCAAUGGCCGCAAUAACCUGAUUCAGCAAAAGAACAUGGCCAUGCUGGCCCAACAAAUGCAACUAGCCAAUGCCAUGAUGCCUGGUGCCCCAUUACAACCAAUGAACCAUAUCCCUCAGACAUUCCAAAAAAGAGGGGGGGAGGGAUCUACAUAUUUCAUCGACACUGAUUGCAUUUAUCAAUACCAAACACUAAAGCCAAUGUUUUCAGUUGCACCAAGCCUAGCCACCAAUGCUUCAACAGCCUUUAACCCCUAUUUGGGGCCAGUUUCUCCUGGCUUGGUCCCAGCAGAGAUCUUGCCAACAGCACCAAUGCUGGUUGCAGGCAAUCCUGGUGUGCCAGUUCCUGCUGCUGCUGCAGCAGCAGCACAGAAGCUAAUGCGGACGGACAGAUUGGAGGUAUGUCGAGAGUAUCAGCGUGGCAACUGUAACAGAGGAGAAAAUGAUUGCCGGUUUGCUCACCCUGCUGACAGUGCAAUGAUUGAUACCAACGACAAUACUGUCACUGUCUGUAUGGAUUACAUCAAAGGGAGAUGUUCAAGGGAAAAAUGCAAAUAUUUUCACCCUCCAGCCCAUCUGCAAGCUAAGAUCAAAGCUGCCCAGUACCAGGUCAAUCAAGCAGCAGCUGCUCAGGCAGCAGCUACUGCAGCAGCCAUGACUCAGUCGGCUGUCAAAUCACUGAAGCGACCCCUCGAGGCAACCUUUGACCUGGGGAUUCCUCAAGCUGUACUCCCCCCAUUACCAAAGAGGCCUGCGCUUGAAAAAACCAAUGGUGCCACUGCAGUCUUUAAUGCUGGUAUUUUCCAAUACCAGCAAGCUCUUGCAAACAUGCAGUUGCAACAGCAUACAGCCUUCCUCCCACCAGGCUCAAUAUUGUGCAUGACACCCGCUACAAGUGUUGUUCCCAUGGUGCACGGCGCUACGCCCGCCACUGUGUCUGCAGCAACAACAUCUGCCACAAGCGUCCCCUUCGCUGCAACUGCCACAGCCAACCAGAUUCCCAUAAUAUCUGCCGAACAUCUGACUAGCCACAAGUAUGUUACACAGAUGUAGACACUUAAAUCAUCAAACAAUCAUAUGACAGAGAAGAGGACAGCGUGGUUGAGUGAAGAAUCAGGACAGGUCAUUAGCCAUAAUGUAUAUACCGUAAAAUAACAGCACCCAAAUUUCCUCAGCAGUAAGACAUCCACAUAUUGCAUGUUAACAAAAUGAAAUGACAACUUGGAAAUUCACUGCACACUGUUGCCUAUAUACUUUGUACAUUGAAUAGAUAUUUGUGCUGGGGUGAUCAUAUUGUCUAAAACAGCCUUCCCUAACUUGGUGCCCUCCAGUUGUGUUGAUCUAUAAAUGUGGAUUGCAUCCUGGAAGUUGUAGACCCAAGAAAGUUAAAGGGCAUCAGGUUGGAGAAUGUUAGUCUAAAGACUACAGCAUUGUCCAUCUUUUCUAGCACACAAGUAUGCAAUGCAUACCCAUCUGACGUAGGCAUUGGUAGACUCUUUUCCUACAUAAUCAUGUACGUCAUUUUGAAAAGACAGACUGUGAUGUAGCCAUAGAUCUAUAAUGUAUUGGUACGUCUGUAGACCAAGAUAUAAUUUUUAAAGUAAGUUUAUUAUCUCAAGGUUUACAAAUAACAAAAGGUGCACCUUGUAUUUAAAAUUGCCAUUAUAGAAGAGACCGUGCAUGCACAGUAUAAUUUUUUCCUUUUUUGUUUUAAGAGUAAUAUUUUUAAAUGUAAUAGAUUGUAAGAAGUGGUAAAAGAGGUAUCUGACAGAGAUGAAUGUGCCAAGUAAAACUACAACUGUGUAUAUUUUUAAAGCACAUCAAUGGCUUUAAGUACCAUGUUGUUAAAGAUUUUCAUGAAGUGCCAUAGACUGUAAUCAAAGUAGAGUAUUAUUUCUUCAGUGUUACUUUAAGAACCACAUUUUUGCUUGUUUUGCUAGUAGGUAAUCAGUCAAAGGGCACCCUUCCGUUUCAAACCAAAGCUGUCUCAGAAAUGGCCACCUCAGUUAAUAAUAGACAGCACAUUUUAAUUGUUUUUCUUAUUUUUUUAAAGCAAAAACCAGAGUAGAUAUAUGGGUCAUUCCUACACAUACUGGAUAUAUAAAGCUAUAAAUUAUUAUAAACCAUUGUAAUGGUAAUAGUUUUACAAAGUAUACUAUAUAACAAACAAUAUUUUAAAAAGGGAAGAGCCAUUUCUGAGACAAUAUUAGAAAAAGUCUAAAUAAUUUUAUUUUGCUUCAAUUUUCUAACCUCUGUCAAAAGUCCAAGAGACUCUAAAUGUGUUGAAGAAGAUGGGUUUUCCUUUUCUGAUCCAAUGCAUCACUUCAAAGUCACACACUUAAAAAAAUAGUGACUCUAAUCAUGAGAAAAGCACUGACAUCAGAUGCCUGAUUAAAAAGAAAACCAAAAUAAUCAACAAUCAAUGAAAAUGUUAAUUAGAGUAGGCGCUGGGUGGGUUAAAUAUUGGGUGAGUUUUAUAUGUGAUUUCUUCUGUUGAGAUUUAACUGCUUUAUAGCCUUAGAAAGCCUUUACAAAAUGAAACAAAAAAUAGAUGUGCAUUCAAGUUUUUAAGAUGGAUUCAUCCAAAGGAAAUCCUUUGUGUGGUUUGGAUGUUGCAGUUAGUAAAGGAUAUAUUUUGCUCUGUUCAGCAAAGCUCGAGGUGGGGGCCAGGUCUCUGGUAGCGUCGCGUUAGAAUGGGAGAGGUGAGGGUUCGGUUCUAGAAUUCUCCGUACUUCCAAGUUUACUUGCAAGUUUUUAUGCUUGAGAGAUGCUUUCUAGUUAAAAAAAAAAAAGAAUGAUGUGUUGAUUUUACUGAUUGUACUGUACAUCUAUUAAAGCCUUAGAUUAUUACAUUACGGGUUAAAACCCAUACCAAUGUAAUUUCAAUCGUGUUAAGAAAGUAUAGGUGACUUCACAUGUUAUUGUAGUUUACUUACAUUUAGAGAAUAUGACUUAUUUUUCCUUGUUAAAAUGUAGUUUUUAUUUCGUACAUUUAUUAGAUCAUUUUCAUUUUCUAUUACCAGAUGAAUGCCAUUUAAGUUUAUAGAAUUUUGUUUUAUUAGAUUUUACUGAUGAAUUUUUUUCAAAAUAUGAAAAAGAAUUAAAAAUAUUUUUUCUUCAUAGCAUAUGCAGUUUUGAAUUUACAUGUAGUGUCAUGAAUAUUCGUAUUCUUGUUAACUAAAUGAUUUAUAUUUUACUGAUUUAAUAUUACAAUGUAAGAAUAUCAGUCAUUGUUAGUUCUUGUCUAGUUUUCAUUAAAAGAACAAAGAUCUUUUAUAUGGAUAUCUUAUAUAAUCAUUGUUAAGUAAGAAGUUAAGUUGUUGCUAAUGAAAUGAUCCUGGCAGACAACUGAGUAAUAUUUUGAUGAUUUAUUUUGUUUGUAAUUAAUUAUAAAAGAAAAAAAUCUAGUUCUUAGAUAUUAGAAUAAAAUUUAUUUUCUACUGUAUCCAUUUCAAAUGUUAAAAUAUUGUUUAAAUAUUUUUUGAAAUCCCUGAAUAUCAGGCCUUCUUAUAAAUAAGCUGCAUAAUCAGUAGAUCAAGGGACUUUUUUGUUGAUAAUCCAAAUACUCAAAAAGUUUACGUAUAACAAGAAUUAUAAUAAGUGUGAGUGCUUGUGCAUACUCUUGAGGGAUGAUUAUGCUGCAAUUUAGCAUGUGGGAAAGUAUAGAGAGAAGGUUGACCUUUUGCACUUCUGUAUAUAGUCAAAUAAAAAAAAAUAAAGAGAGAAACCUGUAUAAUAGUAAGAUCUUAUUUUGAAUAAAAAUGUCUAUAAAUACAAGGAGUUUUGUUAAGGCUUAUAAAAAUGACAGGCUGAACAAAAUUGCUUGCAAAAAAAGUGGCACAGAAUUAGCACUCCAUACCCCUUUGAAAAAGUGGCUUUGCUUUAUGUGAACAGCUUCUAGUUUGCCAGGAUUCUUUCAGCUGGAAAGAUUGGCCAUCCUUCUCAUGACUAACAAAAGCUGCACUGGUCUAAAUCUGCCUGAAGAUAAUUUCUGAUGAGACAAGAAAAAUAAAAAUUAUUUUUUUAAAAAUGAAAUUUCAGAAAAAACAGGUACUUCCAACCAUUAAAGGUAAAUCAUGGAUCUAAUAUGUCUUACAUUACUCAAAACAAUUACUGCAUGUUUCAAGUAUCAAGGAGAGAGAGAAAGAAAAAGAAAAUAUAAAUAGAUAUAAAAUAUAUAUUCUAUUCAAACCAGUUUCUGAAAAAUUUCAGUAGUUUUAUUAUUCACACACUAGCGCAAAGACACACAUACACAGAGAAAGUGAUAUUGACUUUCACAUGCACACUAAAGAAGUUUAAAAAUGUUGACAGGCAAACCAAAACAAAACCAUCAUAGCUGUAGUUGUUAUGUAAUUAUUUUUAUUGCUGUAGUGAUCCGGUUCUUUUAGCAGGUGAAAAAAAAUACCCUUUCAAAUUUACCAUUUUUAACCUAAAGCACUUGACAAACCAUGUACAACAUGAAGCCAAAGUGAGGGGGGAGGGAACCAGUGAUUGGAUCUAUUCUGUCUCAUAAUUCAUAUUGAUGAAUUAGUACAUGUUGUACUUCCUUGCAACCCUAUAACUUUCAUCUGCUGAAAGGACAGGUGUGCUUGGUUUUUACUAUUAU